AUGGAGACAACCCCUCUUGUGUCAGAACUGCUGCUGCCCGGAGAAACUCCUGGUUCAAACACACUCAAGGACGGCGGCGGGGAGCCGGAAGCGGUGCGCAGCUUCGAGUGCUGGAAGAAGAAGUACAACCGGCGCACCAGGCGGCUGCGGCUGCAGCGCAAGGAGCGGGAGCGGCCCGAAUGGCAGGUGGAGCGGGACGGCAUCGGGCGCCUGGUGCAGCGAUACCCGCAGAUAAAUGCAGAUGAAAUACAGAGAUUUUCAGAUUUUCCAUUGUCAAAGAAAACCCUGAAAGGACUGCAGGAAGCUCAGUAUCGCAUGGUGACUGAGAUACAGAGGCAAACCAUAGGUUUGGCUUUACAAGGUAAAGAUGUACUUGGAGCUGCCAAGACUGGAUCGGGGAAAACCUUGGCUUUUAUUGUACCGGCUUUGGAACUCCUCUACCGCCUUCAGUGGACUUCAGCGGAUGGAUUGGGAGUUUUGAUCAUAUCCCCCACCCGGGAGCUGGCCUUUCAGACUUUUAAGGUGCUGCGUAAAGUGGGAAAGAAUCACGACUUCUCAGCUGGCCUUAUCAUUGGAGGAAAGGAUCUGAAAGAAGAGUCUGAGAGAAUCCACCACAUAAAUAUGCUCAUUUGUACUCCAGGACGGCUUCUACAGCACAUGGAUGAAACCUCUUAUUUCUAUGCAUCUGAUCUGCAAAUGCUGAUUCUUGAUGAAGCUGAUAGAAUUCUCGACAUGGGUUUUGCUGAUACAAUGAAUGCAAUCAUAGAAAAUUUGCCUAAGAAACGGCAGACCUUGCUUUUUUCUGCAACGCAAACAAAAUCAGUGAAGGAUCUUGCACGGUUGAGUUUAAAAGAUCCGGAAUACGUUUGGGUUCAUGAGAAAGCCAAAUUCAGUACCCCAGCAACUUUGGAUCAGAACUAUAUUGUUUGUGAGCUUCAACACAAAAUAAAUGUGUUAUACUCUUUCCUGAGAAGUCACUUGAAAAAGAAGAGCAUUGUGUUUUUUGCAAGCUGUAAAGAGGUCCAGUAUCUAUUCAGAGUGUUUUGUAAGCUCCAACCCGGUCUUCCUGUACUGGCACUGCAUGGCAAACAGCAACAGAUGAAGAGGAUGGAAGUCUACACAUGCUUUGUUCGGAAGAAGGCGGCAGUACUUUUUGCUACAGAUAUUGCAGCACGUGGCCUGGAUUUUCCAGCAGUGAACUGGGUCAUUCAGUUUGAUUGUCCAGAAGAUGCAAACACAUACAUCCAUCGAGUGGGAAGAACAGCCAGGUUCAUAUUCAUUUCUCAUUAAUAUUUUAAUGUUUAA